CGGCCAGCAGCGCCCGGCGCCGCCCGGCGGGACCGGCCUCCUCGAGGGCUACAUCAGCGUCCUGGAGCACAAGCCUUUAAAGAUGCAUUGCAAGAGUUGUGCAUUGGUCACCAGCUCUGGACACCUUCUGGGAAGUAAACAAGGUGACAAAAUCGACCAGACAGAGUGCGUAAUACGAAUGAAUGAUGCACCUACCCGAGGUUAUGGAAAAGAUGUGGGCAACAAAACAAGCCUUCGAGUCAUUGCACACUCCAGCAUCCAGAGGAUUUUAAGAAAUCGCAACGAACUCUUAAAUAUGAGCCAUGGAGCUGUGUUUAUCUUCUGGGGUCCUAGCAGCUACAUGAGGAGAGAUGGAAAAGGCUUGGUGUAUAAUAACCUGCAACUGAUGAAUCAGAUACUGCCUCAAUUAAAAGCAUAUAUGAUUUCUCGCCACAAGAUGCUUCAAUUUGAUGACUUGUUCAAACGGGAAACUGGGAAAGACAGGAAGAUAUCCAACACUUGGCUUAGCACGGGCUGGUUCACAAUGACUAUCGCAUUAGAGCUCUGUGACAGGAUAAAUGUUUAUGGCAUGGUGCCACCGGAUUUCUGCAGGGAUCCUAAUCAUCUUUCAGUACCUUAUCAUUACUACGAACCUCUGGGACCUGACGAGUGCACAAUGUACCUUUCCCACGAGCGGGGCCGCAAGGGCAGCCAUCAUCGCUUCAUCACAGAGAAACGAGUCUUUGAGAACUGGGCACGGACAUUCAAUAUUCACUUUUUCCAACCAGACUGGAAACCAGAACCACUUACUGUGAAUCACUCUGAGGUUAAACCGGUGGUCUGAGGGAUCAACACCAAAGACU